GUAGAAGUGGGUGGUCUUCCAAUGGGCCGCAUAGUGUUUGAGCUCUUUGCAGAUAUUUGUCCACUAACAUGUGAAAAUUUCCGUGCUUUAUGUACUGGAGACAAAGGACUUGGGAAAACAACUGGCAAACCAUUACAUUACAAGGGAAUUGUUUUUCAUAGAGUAGUUAAAGAUUUCAUGAUUCAGGGUGGUGAUUUUUCAGUAGGUAAUGGAACAGGUGGAGAAUCAAUUUAUGGAGGAACAUUUGCAGAUGAAAAUUUUAUUAUAAAACAUAGUAAACCAUUUUUAUUGUCAAUGGCAAACCGUGGUAGGGACACAAAUGGUUCACAAUUUUUUAUUACAACACAACCAGCGCCUCACCUCGACAAUGUCCAUGUGGUUUUUGGAGAAGUAGUAACUGGCCAGGAAAUUGUUACACAUAUUGAGGGACUUCCAGUAGAUCGCAUGUCUCGCCCAUUACAAGAUGCGAAGGUUGUAAAUUGUGGAGAACUUGUAUUAAAAGUCAAAAGCAAAGCAAAGAAACGUGAAACAAAGGAGAGCAGUUCAUCUGAGUCUGAUUCUGAUUCAUAUGCAGAAAAACCGAAAAAGAAAAAGAAGGCUAAAAAAAAUAAAAAAAGAGCAAAAUCAGAGGAUGGCGAAAUUCAUGAUUCCAAUGAAGAUGACCUUGGAAAACCUCAUCCACUUGUUUCGGUUACAAAAAUCGAUCCUGAUGAAAUUCCGGAAGUACCAGCGAAUAAAUUUUUGUAUAGAGCAGGGCCUACUAAUAAUGCAAAUCAAAAGGAAUUUAGACAACAUUAUGGAAGAGAUCGGGUACGAUCGCAUAGAAAAACUGGUCGCAUAUUUAAAGGAAGAGGAAUAUUUCGGUAUCAUACGCCGUCACGUAGUCGAUCGAGAAGUGUUACACCACCGCAUUGGAAACAAGCUCAAAAUCGUACUAUUAAGUUACACGAAUUUCAGAAAUUAGAAAAAGAACGUUUAAAGAAGGAAGAAGAAUUAAAGAAACGCGAGGCGGAUAGAAUUAAAAAGUUCACUGAAAAUCCUGACGAAGAUAAUCAAGUAAUGGAUAAAUUCGAAACUGAACCUAAUAUAUCCAAGGAGUUGGAGAAUAAAGAAAAUGAUCAGGCAGAUGAUAAAAAGAGUAGCAAUAAAAAUAUGGAUCAGGAUCAAGAUAAUUUAAAUAUUAGUUCAGAUGUUAACGAUAUUACGACAAAAGAUAAAGUAGAUGGAAAGCAUAAAAAUGAAAAAGUAAUAAAGCGUGAUUUACAUCGAUCAUACGGUGAUAGAUCUUCGCGAAGAGACUCACGGGAUAGGAGUAGAAGACGCGGAAGUGGUCGAUCGAGGUCACGAGAUCGACGAAGAUCUCGGGAUAGAGAUUACGAUCGUAGGAACAGUCGUGACAGAAGAAAUAGGAGGAAUUAUUAUCCUCAAAGACGAGAUACUUAUAGAAUGAAUAGACCUGGCAGAGAUAAUUAUAGAUAUUACGACAGACGUAACGAUUAUAGAAGGACAAACAAUUCUAAUUCUAAUUACGAUGCAGAUAUUAAUUCAUCCCGUUAUGAUAAAAAUCGAAGAAAGAGUGAUAAUACUUCAGACUCUAAUAAUCAGCCAAAAUUUAAGCGCCGUUCACGUUCAACUAGUUCCAGUAGCCAACACUCCAAAGACUAA